AUACUUGUUUUUCAAUUUGCUCUUGCAAAAAUUUCCUUCCAAAAUAAAUUGUAUUUAUUAUGGAUUUGUCGCCAAAUUGUGAACCAGUUGAUAAGAAACCAAUACUAACAGCUGAUGGUCUGAUACAAAGCGCUCCAAGCCAAGCAAAUAAUAACACCGCAACAAACACUGGAAGCGGGCCCAAUAGCCAAACAUUGUCAGCAACGCGUCUUGAUAUCGAAAUAUUGCCUGCUAUUUACGACAUUAUACGCUGUGUUGAAAAGGAUCCCAAAGACAAUACAGCCAAACAGCGUGAGUCCCAGGAGUGCAGUCAUAAGAUUUUGGAAUUGCAAAAACGUUUCGAAGCUGCUCGUGCCCAAGUGAGACUACUACCCGGCAUUGAUUACAACAAAGAGGAGCAAUUACAGCAGCUGGAAUUGUUGCGAAAUCAAUUGAAACUGAAACAACAGCUAAUACGCAAAUAUAAGGAUAUUCAAUUUUAAGAUUUAACA